AUGGAUUACAAUUCGAUUGUUUUUCGAGAAUUCGAUUACGAAUCAAUAAAAAAAAUCGAAAAAUAUCGUCAGGAAGAAGCGGAACGAGUAGCGUCCAUUAAAUUACAAUGUCAAAUCGAAGAAGAAGAAAUGAAAAGUACAAAAUAUCCUAAAACAGGAGGAAUAUCAACUACAACAUCGAACAAAAAUAAUGAUACAUUCACAAAACCAAACAAAGAAUUGGCUGUAGGCAAAACAUUACCACGAACAUUACAAACAAAAUUUCCAGCUGAUCUUAUUGGAAAACCCAUUGAAGAAAUUGAUUGGCAUUAUCGUACAGAAUAUGGAGUUCUGAGACAAAAAUGUGUGCCUUCAAUUGAUUAUUUUCGAAAUAAUACAAAUAAUACACAAGUGACAUAUGCGUGGUAUUUGGACGAAAUUGAAAAUGCAAAAUAUUGGUAUCAAGAAGAUGAUGAAUUUGUUUUGUGUGGAAACAGCAGCGGAGGCAGGAAAUGUCCGCCGGGAUACGUUUGUUGGAAAGAUCGUGGUCAGAACCCUAAUUUCGGCUAUACCAGUUUUGAUUCUUAUGGUUGGGCUAUGCUAAGUUGUUUUAGACUAAUGACGCAAGAUUAUUGGGAGAAUUUAUAUCAAUUGGUGUUGGUUAAUUUAAUUUUGGCUAUUGUUGCCAAUUCGUAUCAAGAUCAACAAAAAAAAGUUCGAGAAGAAGCAGAGGAAAAUGAUCGACGAAAAACCGAAGACGAACGUGUUGAAAAUGAAGCUAGAAAACAAUCUGAAAUGGGAAUUAAUCACAUCGAUAUGAAUGAUCAUGAAAGUAUUUUGGAUAUCGAUAGAAACUCAUUCUUAAAUCGUUCACAAUCUCGUUUAUCGUUUGAAUCUGACAGUAUGGAAUCGGAAAACAAUGCAAUUAAAAAGAUCAUGUACAAAGAGUCAUCGUCGCUCAGUCGCACAGACAAUGAAAUACCAUGUGUUGAUCAUUAUAGUUCAACUAAUUCAAAUCAAAAUUAUAGUUAUCCAGAUAGUUACAAACAUCCAAUCAUUACUCUAUUUCCAUUUGCUGAUGAAACAAAACUAAAUUCUUCAAUAGGAGAAGAUUCAUUUGAUCAUAGUUUUCAGCGAGAAAGUAUUUGUACAUUAUCCAAGUUUCACAAAAAAGAACUAUCUUCGAAUAAAUCUGACGAACAUCAGCGGAACAAUGAAUCCAAUACAACGCUUCAUCGUACUCACUCACGCUUGAAAUAUACGCCAAUGGGUAAAACAUAUAGAGUUUCUCUAGAACAAUCAGUUUAUCAAGUAAACCCAAGUGUUGCCGAUAGUCAUAUUUCAAAAACUGUUCUGAAAAUCAUUGCAAUGACACCAGCUCGAUAUUGCAGAGAUGGAUGGAACGUUUUUGAUUUAAUUAUUGUUACAUUGAGUUUAGUUGAAUUAGGUUUAGCUAAUAUAAAGGGUCUUACAGUUCUUCGAUCGUUUCGUUUGCUUCGAGUUUUCAAAUUAGCCAAAUCAUGGCCGACGUUGAAUCGUUUAAUGGCCAUCAUUGGAAAAACAAUUGGAGCAUUAGGUAAUUUGACACUUGUACUAAUUAUUAUAAUAUUCAUAUUUGCUGUUAUGGGUAUGCAACUGUUCGGUCAAAAAUAUAAUGAAAAAUAUGCAUCAAAUAUGCCUCGAUGGAAUUUUAAUGACUUUUUUCAUUCAUUUAUGAUUGUUUUUCGUGUUUUGUGUGGCGAAUGGAUUGAAUCAAUGUGGGAUUGCAUGAGAGCAGCUGAUUGGCCAUGCAUCCCAUUUUUUCUGUUAACAAUGGUGAUCGGAAAUCUUGUGAUGCUCAAUCUCUUUCUUGCAUUGUUGUUAGCAUCAUUUAGCUCAAAUGUAUUUAAAGAGAAAGAUGAAGAAAAUAAAAUUGGUGAAGCGAUUGAACGAAUUCAAAAAUGUUUUCGUUCUAUGGGACGUUCAUUUAUUAAACUCUGUUGUCAAUGUCGAAAUCGAACGAAAGUUGUUGAAAGUGCAACGAUCGAAACGCUUUAUAUCAAUCAGUCAAUAGCUGGCACGAAUGACAGUGGUAUGCCUGCAAUCACUCCACUUCUCAUUGAUUAUGAGAAUUGUGAAAUUGAUAAUAAAUGUUUGACAAAGCCAAAUGGCUUAAUAAUUGCAAAUGAUUUGGCCUUAAAUGAUAUUGAAAUGAUGCCAAUAAAGAAAUUAGAGUCGAAUGAUAGCUCAUCUAAAAAUCAGUCAGAUAUGCCUUUAUCAACAAUAGCUAAUGGAACUAGACAACAAAAUAUUAAUAUGCCAUCAGGUUGCUGUCCGAUUAUCAUCUCAAAACAUUUUCUAUGGUGUAAAAAAUUUAUUCAUCCAUCUAUAAGACGAAUGUGGAAUAAAUUGAGAAGUAAAGCUCAUCGAUUAGUUGAACAUCGAUUUUUUGAAUGGUUAAUUAUUGCUACAAUUCUAACAAGUAGUAGUACGUUAGCUCUCGAAGAUAUUAAUACUAGACAACAGCCAACAUUUUAUUUUAUAUUGACUAUAUUUGAUAAAGCAUUUACAUUUAUAUUUACCGCUGAAUUAGUUCUAAAAUGGUUUGCCUAUGGAUUUAGAAAUUAUUUUAUAAACGGUUGGAAUUGGUUAGAUUUUAUCAUUGUUGUCGUUAGUGUUAUUGGCCUUAUGUUCGAUUGGUUGGGUGUUGCUGAUAUUCCCGAAUUAAAAUCAAUGAGAACAUUACGUGCAUUGCGUCCAUUAAAAGCAUUAUCUCGGUUCGAAGGCAUCAGGGUAGUGGUCAAUGCACUGAUUGGAGCCAUUCCAUCUAUUUUCAAUGUACUUCUUGUUUGUCUUGUAUUUUGGCUUAUAUUCAGUAUAAUGGGUGUACAACUAUUCGGUGGUCGAUUUUAUAAAUGCGUUUACAAUGGUACACAUGAUCGUGUUAAUAUAACGGAAAAUGUAACGAAUAAAUCUGAUUGUAACGCUAAACGUUUUACAUGGGAAAAUUCAAGAGUGAAUUUUGACAAUGUUAUUCACGGCUAUUUAGCUCUAUUACAAGUAGCAACGUUUAAAGGAUGGAUUGAAAUUAUGGCUGAUGCUGCUGAUGCAAAAGAAUUGGAUGUUCAACCUGAAAGUGAAUCAAAUGUUCAUAUGUUAGUCUACUUUGUUUUAUUUAUUAUAUUUGGUUCAUUUUUUACAUUGAAUUUAUUUAUUGGUGUUGUUAUUGAUAAUUUCAAUCAGCAAAAGAGAAAAUUAGGAAGUGGUGGUUCAAUUGAAAUGUUUAUGACACAAGAACAAAAAAAAUAUUAUAAUGCAAUGAAGAAAAUGGGCAACAAAAAGCCAACAAAAGCAUUACCAAGACCACGUUUUGCUGUGGCAAGAUUUUUUUUCGAUUUAACAACAAAUCAAAAAUUUGAUAUAUUCAUAAUGAUUUGUAUAUUUCUCAAUAUGAUUUGUAUGUGUAUUGAACAUCAUAAGCAAACAAAAUUAAUAGAAAGUACUUUACGAUAUAUUAAUAAUUUUUUUGUGGCAAUGUAUGUUAAACUCUUGUUUAUUCAAGAUGAAAAUAUGUUUGAUUUUACAUUUGAUUAUGAUUUAAUUUAG